AUGUCGCAGCUACCUAUAGACCUGUUCUUUGAAGGGUCAUCGGCUUCAUCGUCGUCUGAACAAUUAUCGACAUUAAACAGAAUAAGUUCAACCAAUGAGAAUGCAUCCAACAGUGAAAUGCCAGUAAUGAAUGCUAUCCAAGUACCAGACUUAGGACCAGACAGCACAGAUUCGACAAUUCAAAUAAAUAAUUUCUUGGAAUCAAGAGAUGCAUCCAAUCUGGUUUCAUCUUCUGGAGACAAUGAUUCCAGUACGGUCGUUGAGAACAGUGAUUCCAAUUCCAAGCCAAAAUCCAAGAUAAAAAGGAAGUCGCCUAGAUUAGGGCUGAAAAGUAACAAUAGCUCGACAAAUUCAAUGAUUUUAGAGAGUAGCCCAGUGAUUAUCGAAGCUAAGGGAACGGAAGAACCAUCAGAUAAUGGUCCUCAUGGGGUAGUACAGAGAGGAGGAGAAAAAGUUUUCAUAGAACCCAAAUUGGCAGAACCACAUCCAGCGUAUACUGGAUUGCCGUUAGAAUCGUUUCCGAAUACUAAGAUAAAGAAAGAAUCGUUAUGGUCAACCAGAGGUUUAUCAAGGAAAUCAAAUAGAAUGAACGGCACUAAUAAUAAUAACAGUAGUGUUUCAAGAGAAUCAUCAGCACCAGCUCAGGCAAACGAAACAGAAAAUGAUAACGAAUCUAUUGAAUUAGAUUAUAAAGCAAAUCUUCAAACAAGCAUAGCAGAAGAAAUAGCCGUAGAGAGUGAUAUAAGGCCACCACCAAAGCGAGGAAGACCAAGUAAAAAGAGGGGUAGACCAAAGGCAGACGCUAAUAAAAAUAUCACGAAAACUCCAAAGCAAACAAAGGUUAAGAAUAACAACGAACCUCUGCUGUUAAGGUCAUCGAAGAGGAUCAAAGUUAUUUCUCCUAAAAAGACAACAAGUACAAACCUCGCCCCUUCAUCAGUGACGGAUAGUGGCAUUAAUAAUUACUCAAAUGAUGAUCCUACUAAGAAUAAUGAUGACUUUUGUACAACUUGUGGUGGUCCAGGGGUAUUUAUUUGUUGCGAUACGUGCCCAAAGUCCUUUCAUUUUACAUGUUGUAAUCCACCACUUGAAGAAUGUCCCGAAGAUAACUGGCAUUGUCAAGAAUGUGUAAUCAAACAAAACCCGGGAUUCAAGAAAACAUAUAAUCAUAUUGGAAUAUUUGGUCAAUUAUUAAACCAACUGGAAGGUAGAAACCCAAAGGAAUUUCAGUUACCUAGAAAAAUACGAGAUAACUCAUUUAUUGGUGUUACUACGGGCGAAAAUGGAGUUUAUCAGGAUGCUACUUUUAAACCAGAAAUAUCGUAUACUAAAAUGAACGAAUAUCAAAUAAUUGGGUUCAAUAAGAAUACUGAUCUUGAUGUUGAUGGAUUGUACGACAAGAAUGGAAAUCCGUACUUAUGUCAUAAAUGUGGAUUAUCAGGGUUAAAAGGGAAAACCUUGACUCAUUGUGAUUAUUGUCCAUUAGUUUGGCACAUAGAUUGUCUUGAAGACCCAUUGUGCAUUCCGAAGACUUUGGGUAGUAAAUGGAGAUGUCCAAAUCAUUUUGAAGAAUUAUUACCUGAAGGUCUCUUCAGUAGGAGAAAAUUCAAGGAUAUGUCAGUGCUUGAUAUAUCGUUGCAUAACCAUUUUUUGAAGAUUGCCUCUAUGAAUAAUAUAAUUAUCAAACAUAAUGAUCAACAAUUUUUGAAAGAGGAUAUAGACAAAAGUGUUCCGUUACAUGAAUACAUACAAUACGAGACAGAGGACUUUUCAAGGCUGUAUAUUAAUGAACAGAAAAAUGACGAAUCUACGGAAUCUAGUAAUACUAAUAAUAGUGAUGAGAUACAUCCAAAUUUCAAAAUACCUGAAUUUUUUCAGAAUUAUGCAACUCCAAUAGGAAGUACAGCUAGAGCUUCAAAAAGACUAAAUAGAAUAAUGACUAUGACAAACACAGAUAAUGACGGAAGCGAAGCCCGUGCAUUUAUUUAUAGGGUCCCAGAAAAGCUGAUAUUGCUUAAUUUUAUUUCUAAAGUGUCCAAAAAUGAAGACACUAAUGCCUUACAACAUGAGAAAGUCUCAACAGAUAAGAGAACUAUACUUGAGACGAUUGAUGAUUAUGAGACCAGAGGUAGGCUAGAAGAGUCCAAUCAAGAUGAAAGGGAUAUAGUUGACAGCUUGAUCCACAUUAAGUCUGAAAUUAACCAAAAGAAACCUAAAACCAAAUUCAGUGACCUAGUGGCAGCAGCAUUAGAAUCCGUACGAUAUUCCAACAACGAGGCACCAACAAAGCUAAAUGACGAAGAGGUUUCAGACUUAUUAGACAUCAAGAGACUCGUGGAAUUGAAAGGAAAAGACGAAUUAUUAAAGUUUCUACAGUCAUAA